AACAGAAGUCAUUGCGCGGGAAACUUCGCAGAAGUUUCCUAGUGCUUAAUUUUAUAAUUUUGAUUCGUGGAAGAAACACAAUGACAGAGACAGAGUCUUCAGCCUUUUUGAGAAAAAAAUUAUGAACGUAAAUUUAUAUAUUCCAAACACUCAUUCGAUUUUCUCUUUUUGGCUUUCUGACCACCGAUUCAUCAGGCGAUCAUCAUUAUAAUCAUAGCGAGGUGGCCUUUCCCGUCGUUUCGUGUACGGGUUCGGAGUCGUUGUUGUCGUCGUCGUCUACAAUGCGGGAGUGGGAGACUGACAUUGAAGCCGGGGGCCUCAAAGAUGCCCAUUGCGACGACCGCGAUUCCGAGAAUCCUUUUGAUAUUGCUCAGACCAAGAAUGCUUCUGUUGAAACUCUCAGACGCUGGAGGCAAGCUGCACUUGUGCUGAAUGCUUCUCGUCGGUUUCGAUACACCUUGGACUUGAGAAAGGAAGAGGAGAAAGAAAAAAGGAAACGGAUGAUUAGAUCCCAUGCCCAAGUCAUAAGAGCGGCAUUGCUUUUCAAGUUAGCUGGGGAGCGACAAAUCGUCAUCGCUCCCAUAGUAGCAGCCCCAAUUCCUAGUGGUGAUUAUGCAAUUGGACUAGAACAACUUGCUUCAAUGACCAGGGAUCAUAAUAUUUCUGCUCUACAAGAGUAUGGGGGUGCUAAAGGGUUAGCUAAAAUGUUGAAAACAAAUUUGGAGAGUGGAAUCAAUGGGGAUGAGAAUGAUUUAAUACAGCGUAGGAGUGCGUUUGGUGUAAAUACAUAUCCUCGGAAAAAAGGGCGGAGUUUCUUGAGGUUCCUUUGGGAAGCUUGGCAAGAUUUGACCCUUAUCAUCUUGAUCAUAGCUGCCAUAGCGUCACUAGCACUAGGAAUUAAGACGGAGGGUGUGGAAGAAGGAUGGUACGAUGGGGCAAGCAUUGCUUUUGCUGUUAUCCUUGUUAUAAUUGUAACCGCUUUUAGUGAUUAUCGUCAAUCUCUCCAGUUUCAAAAUUUAAAUGAGGAAAAGCAAAAUAUACAGUUAGAGGUCAUGAGAGGUGGUAGAACAGUGAAACUUUCAAUAUUUGAUAUUGUUGUUGGUGAUGUGGUACCUCUUAGAAUAGGUGAUCAGGUCCCGGCUGAUGGAAUCUUAAUCACUGGUCAUUCUCUUGCUAUAGAUGAAUCUAGCAUGACGGGUGAAAGCAAGAUUGUUCACAAGGAUCAUAAGGCACCAUUUUUGAUGUCUGGUUGCAAAGUUGCAGAUGGUGUUGGUACUAUGCUGGUAACUGGUGUUGGAAUCAAUACUGAGUGGGGAUUAUUGAUGGCAAGCAUCUCAGAGGAUACUGGUGAAGAGACUCCCUUGCAGGUACGCUUGAAUGGAGUUGCAACUUUUAUAGGCAUCGUGGGUUUAACAGUAGCUGUAUCCGUUCUUGCUGUCCUCUUAAUCAGAUACUUUACUGGAAAUACAAGAAACUCAAAUGGAGAAGUCCAGUUUAUCCGAGGCCAUACUAAGAUUGGCGAGGCCGUGGAUGGAGUUGUUAAAAUUAUUACCAUUGCAGUAACAAUCGUUGUUGUUGCUGUGCCAGAAGGACUUCCUUUGGCUGUUACCUUGACCUUGGCAUACUCAAUGCGGAAGAUGAUGGCAGAUAAAGCCUUGGUUCGUAGGCUUUCAGCAUGUGAAACUAUGGGCUCGGCUACAACAAUUUGCAGUGAUAAGACUGGAACACUGACCUUGAAUCAGAUGACUGUAGUAGAGGCUUAUGUUGGGAGAAUGAAGAUGAAUGGACCAGAUGAUUCCUCACAGUUGCACUCUGAAGUUGUCUCUUUGUUAUGUGAGGGUGCUGCACAGAACAGCACCGGUAAUGUUUUUGCCCCCAAGGAUGGUGGAGAUGUUGAGGUUUCUGGAUCUCCUACUGAAAAGGCUAUCCUUUCUUGGGCUGUCAAGUUAGGGAUGAAGUUUGAUGUCAUUAGAUCACAAUCAAAAGUUCUCCAAGUCUUUCCUUUCAACUCAGAGAAAAAGCGAGGUGGUGUUGCUGUUCAGAGGAGUGACUCUAAAAUCCAUAUACAUUGGAAGGGAGCUGCUGAGAUAGUUCUCGCUUCAUGCACAGGAUAUAUUGAUUCAAAUUGUUGCCUGCAAUCCAUGGAUGAAGAUAAGGAAUUUUUCAAGGAUGCUAUUGAUGAAAUGGCUGCAAGCAGCUUGCGUUGUGUUGCCAUUGCAUACAGAUCAUAUGAUGCGGACAAAGUUCUGGCUGAUGAAGAAGCUUUAGACAAAUGGAUUUUACCGGAGGAUGACCUUGUUUUGCUUGCUAUUGUUGGCAUUAAGGAUCCUUGUCGCCCUGGUGUAGACAAUGCAGUGAGAGUAUGCACAGAAGCCGGUGUUAAGGUACGGAUGGUUACUGGAGACAAUCUUCAAACAGCAAAAGCAAUAGCUCUUGAAUGUGGGAUUCUUGGAUCAAAUGCAGAUGCUACUGAGCCUAAUAUCAUUGAAGGAAGGGUGUUCCGUGCAUAUUCUGAAAAGGAAAGAGAAGUGGUUGCCAAGAAAAUAACGGUGAUGGGGAGGUCUUCUCCUAGUGAUAAGCUUUUGCUUGUUCAAGCCUUACGCAAUGGAGGGGAAGUUGUAGCAGUUACUGGCGAUGGCACAAAUGACGCUCCUGCACUUCAUGAGGCAGAUAUUGGCCUUUCUAUGGGCAUUCAAGGGACUGAAGUUGCAAAAGAAAGCUCCGAUAUCAUUAUCUUGGAUGAUAAUUUUGCUUCAGUUGUAAAGGUUGUACGAUGGGGUCGUUCUGUGUAUGCCAAUAUCCAGAAAUUUAUCCAAUUCCAACUUACGGUUAAUGUUGCAGCUCUUGUAAUUAAUGUUGUUGCAGCAGUAUCUUCUGGAGAUGUUCCUUUGAAUGCUGUACAGCUUCUAUGGGUUAAUCUCAUCAUGGAUACACUUGGAGCACUUGCUUUGGCUACAGAACCACCUACAGACCACCUUAUGCACAGAUCCCCAGUUGGUCGCAGGGAACCUCUUAUAACAAAUAUCAUGUGGAGAAACUUAAUCAUACAGGCUUUGUAUCAAGUAGGUGUUCUCCUUGUGCUCAACUUCUGGGGCAAGAGUAUUCUCCAUCAGGAUCAUGAAAGCAGUGAACAUGCUACUGACGUAAAGAAUACUAUGAUAUUCAAUGCAUUUGUACUCUGUCAAAUAUUCAAUGAGUUCAAUGCUCGAAAACCAGACGAAAUCAAUGUUUUCAGUGGAGUCACCAAAAACCGCUUGUUUAUGGGAAUAGUUGGAUUUACCUUCAUCCUGCAGAUAAUCCUCAUAGAGUUCGCGGGGAAAUUUACCUCAACUGUGAGACUUAACUGGACGUUAUGGCUUGCAUGCUUGGUUAUUGGAUUUCUCAGCUGGCCUCUUGCUGCGGUUGGAAAACUGCUUCCGGUUCCUGAAACUCCUUUAUCUACAUAUUUGGCUAAGCCAAUUCGACGGUGGAGAACUGGUCGGACUACAUAAAACUUUCUGAAUGGUUGCAUGCAAUAAAAAGAUAAUCUGACAAGCUGACAUUUUAUUUGAAGACCAGCUGAUGAUUUUUAGUAUACACCCGACAGUGAAAGCAAAGGCUUUACUACUACUAGUACUACUAUUACUACUGCUGCUAACGUAUUUAGCGGAAAAUUGGUCGGUCAAUUGUGAAUGUUGUUCUGUCAUGUUUGGAUCAUAGUAUAUUUUACUGUCUUCCAUUCCAAUGAAAUUUGCAAUGCAGAAAGUAUGUUAUAGAAUUUGUCUCUCAA